AAAAGCAACAAAAAGAAGCCGAGCGCGACGGCUCCGUGCUCGACAUGGUCGGAAUCCUCGACGGAACCUUCAUCUACCCCUCCGGCUCCAACCUCCCCUCCUGGACAAAGAACCCCCGCGGCCGCUGGAAAAUCGAGUUCCGCCGCGUGUGGAUCGCCAUCACGGACUGGAGCGUUGGCGCAUGGUACCGCGUCUGGGUGGUGCGGCCGCGGAUGUGGACCUCCGCAUCGCUGCAACGGGGAGAAGUGGUGCGCAUCGCGAAAGAGGUGUAUGAAUCAAUGUAUGAUAAUUUCGCGAGGGGCACACUGGGGCUUGUGGAGAAGGAUUUAAAGGCGGGAUUGUUGGAGAGUCUGAGAGCGAGGUUGGCGCAACGACCGCCGAAUUCGGGACUGCAUUGGACGAUGCAUGGGUAUUUGCGGCGGCCCAAGGUGAUGAGUUUCAAGUUUUUGACGAUGCCGGGUGGGGCGAAUACGGAGAGGAAUGGAGUGGUGCAGGCGGUGGUGAAGAUUAGGAGUAAGCAGAGUUUGUUGAAGGUGCAGAGACUACGGGAGGCGAAGGAGAGGGCGAGUAAGGUCACGACGGAGUAUGUGGUGUUGCAUAGAGUGAUGAAGAAGGGGAAGUUGGGACCGUGGCAGAUGUGGGGGACGGCGGAGGAGUCGUCGUUGGCGAAGAUGGCGCAGGACACCAAGGAUAUAGUCGCGAAGCAGGAUGCCAUGGCGGCGAUGAGAGGACAGUCAUAG